CAUGAAACAGUCACUUGAACUGUUUUUCACAUGUUUUAAUGUGCAUAUAAUAAUAUUUCGAAUUAAACGAUAUUAUGUUUGCUACUCAUGCACGUAUAAUCUUAUGUCUGUUACGUAUGCGCAAUAAUUCCUGGAAUUUCGCGAAAUUAUCGACACGUUAAGUUGUUCUGUUGUGUUUAGUCAAAGAUAAAUGACUUUCUGGAAGCUUUGGUUAGAGAAAAAAAGUUCAUUGAUGUACCUAGACAUCUUUUGAUUAAAUUUACUCUGAAAGUGACAGAUAUUACACAAGUUACCAUAGCAAUAAUAGUUUUCCUGACACGGUCUUUCAUAAGUAUCGAUUGAUUCUGGUGGAGAGUCCAAUAGAUUUUGAAUGUAUAUUGUAUAUGUAUGCACACCUUGGUUCCAAUUUUAUUUAAAAAGGAAGUCGUUAUCUAAAAAUGGAAUGGCCCAGUAAGAAUAUUCCUAAAGGUGGUUUCUUACAACCAGCCAAAUGCAAAUAUACUCCCGAAAAACAUGAAUUCAUUAAACUAUUGGUACAAGAAAGUAAAAUGACUCUUUCACAAAAUAAGAAAAACAAUUACUUUUUGCGAACCGGCGAGCCUUUUCCUUCAAAAUCUAAAAUUCGUCACCAGCUGCCGGAAGUAACUAUAAGACCGGGUAGUUCGAAGAAACGAUCCAAGAAUGACAUAGUAAAUUCCGGAGUUUACGAAAGAGAACGGUAUGUACCACGACCUUGUUUAUUUGACAGGGAAAAAGAGAAGGAGAAACUACAGAACAAGAUGGCAUUCAACGGAGAGAUAGUGGUUAAAAAAUCCAAAGUCAUAGAGAAAAAAGUUAAUCAGGAAACAAAACAAGAAGUGAAUAGAUUUGAUCAAUUGGUACAAGAAAUUAAGGAACGUGAAGAGUGGCUUGAAGAAAUGGAUCGACUCGGACAGGGUGAUAAAUAUAGACAAAUUAUAGAAUUGCAGAUUCAAGAAAAAGUUCGGGAAAUGAAUAGAAUGAAAUGUGCAAGUUAAUGUAUAUAUAUUUAUUAGGGAUUAUAUCGAUAUAUACGGAACAA